GUUUCCCACGUGCUUCGACGUUUGAAAUGUUUGUGUGGUUUACGUCUGCUCUGUGUGAGUCUAGUUUACUUUGGCUUCUUUCGUUAAAAUUUUGCCUUCUGAGCUAAGAAUAAUAACUAAUAAAAGCGCCUUGCAAACACACAUUUCCGUUGCUCUGACGAUGAGAUGGAAACGUUUAUGAAGCAUCUAUUUUGUCUAUGGGCACUCACAAUCUCGCACGCUGCUAGUCAUCAAGACGGUUUUGAAGAGCCAGGCAUCGUCUUCGUCGUCCUGACUCAAGAAAACAGCCUCAGUGCUGGAGCAGCCAGGUUCCUUUCCCAGAGCAUACAUCAACAGGCAGCUGCACUGAGUCUGGGAGAUCCUAUUGUGUACCUGACCCACAAACAUUGGCCCGACGUGUUGGGUUCGUGGACCAUAUUUCCCCUUCUUGAACGGCUGCUCGAGGCUCACAGGGACGACGGCCGAUGGUUUUUUUUCUGCGAGGAUUCAACCCAGCUGGACCUUGGUCGCCUUGUGAAGUUACUAAACAAAUACAACUGCUCUGAUGACCACUUUUUAGGUCAUGCACUCUGGGAUCUGGAAAGCACCAUCAUCCAUCAUUUCGAUGACCCAAUGUCCCUGGCUUACCCAGCCAUCUCGGCUGGCAUGGUCCUCAGCUCCUCAGCCUUAAACAGGGCUGCAACAGCUUGGGCUCAAACAGCUUCUCACGAAUUCUCGAUUGAUCGCCAGUAUGAGUUCGCCAAGUUCCUUGGGACUCCCGAGUGUGGAGCGCUGCUCUUGAAGGACGUUCCAUCGUUUUGCCUCAAGCAAGAAAAGGGCCGCAGCUGCGUGACCUGGAGUGCUCGACAGACACCCUCGUGUGGUCACCCAGCUCCCGGAGAUGCUGUUCUAUUUGCUGUGAAGACAUGCAGCCAGUUUCACAAGGAGAGAGUUCCGCUGGUGAAGGCAACAUGGGCGAAGGACGCCGAACAAGUUGUAUUCUUCAGCGAUGUAGAAGACGCAGACAUUCCAACGGUCACGGUGGGGGUGAGCAACGUGAAGAGGGGUCACUGUGCAAAGACCAUGGCAAUCCUGAAGCACGUCCUGUCCAAUGGGCUGCUUGACACCCGCACCAGGUGGCUGGUGGUGGCAGAUGACGACACGCUCCUCAGCAUCCCUCGCCUCUUGGACUUCCUGGGCUGCUUUAAUGCGGAUGAUGAGAUCGCUCUUGGGGAACGUUAUGGCUUCGGCUCUGCGUCUGGCCGGGGCUACGACUACUUGACCGGUGGCUCGGGGAUGGUGUUCACGAAGAGGACGGUAGAGAGGAUUGUCCAGUCAGGGUGCUCGUGUCCCUCGGACGACUCUCCGGAUGACAUGCUGUUGGGUGCCUGCCUCCAGCGGCUGGGCAUCCCCCUUACCCACUCUCCUCUCUUCCACCAGGCUAGGCCGGACGACUACAGCAGUGCAUUGCUGUCACAUCAGCGGCCCAUAUCCUUCCACAAGUUCUGGAUGAUGGACCCCAUCGAGACGUACCGGCGCUGGUUGAAUGACGGCCCCAGCAAUGGCAGCCAGCACGACGAGCUAUGAAAGCAAGCCUAGAAACGGUGCCAUUACUGUCAAGACCGGUUAUAAUGAAGUCGCUUAUAAGGAAAUAGCAGCUACAGCGAAGCGAUCACGAUUUCCCAUUCUUUUUUGCACUUCGUUAACCGAAGUCGGUUAUAAUAAAAUAGCGGAUAUAGCGAAGUGAUUUCCGAUUCCCGUCGAUUUCAUUAUAACCGGUCUUGACAGUACUCCACAAUUGCCAAAAUACUCCAAAUGGAAGUUAAAAUUCUAAGCAAAAUGCCAAUAUCCUUUUGGAGGCUGUGGCAGCUGUUUACUCUACAAAACAACUGUCACAUCAGCAACUUUUGAGCUGUAUAUUUGUGUACAUGAACGAGUGUAGCCAAAGAAACACAAAAUGAGAGUACUGUAAAACCCUUUUUUUUUUUGCGGCCCCUAUUUUUCGGGAAUUGGUCGCGAAGGACAUAAUUGCGGCCACUAAAUUUCAUGAAUUCCAGAUACCUGCAUUGAAAUCCUUAGGACCGAAAUUUUUGCGUGCCCUUUACUAUUGCAAAUUUUUCAAUUCAUAAAAAUUGAGGGCUUACGAACAUUAUGGGUUUUACAGUAUUUUUUUUUCAUAGUUUUAUGUUUGUAUUUUGAACAGAUUGCUAUAUUUUUGUUCUAAAUGCCCCACUUAGGCAGGUGCUUCAAAAGCAGCCAGGAAGAGUGCAAUGCAUCUUGGGAUACUUGCAACACACGACAUCACAGGCCUGUAGCAAAGGCUGGUGUUACAAUUUUGUCUACUGGAAUCGCCUGAUGGAACAAUUUUUGCAAUUGUGAUGGGACAUUAUUCUUAUCCGACCUAUUCCCCUCGUGAACUUGCAGAAUGUUCCGAAUAAUAAGCCAACCAGAAUGACUCGGCAGCACCAAAGUAACUGCGGCAUCAAACAUGUGGCGAGUUAGGAACAGCAUAGCAGUUCAAAGCCAGGCCAGACAACCAUUUUUCUUUCUUCCUUAUUUUACUGUCUUUUUUUCUUUUUCCACAACUGUUUAUCAAGCUGUUAGCAUUCAAGCUCAAUUUGCUCAUUCAUCACGUCAUACUGCUCUUGUGAGACACACAAGGUCACGACAUCCAGGGAAACUUCAGAGGCAUCCACUAGCAGGAGUGGUUUCGCAAUUGUUCGAAAACAUAUUUUCUCAAGUUUUCAAACAAGACCUUUCUCUGGUGGUGCUAUAACAUAAUCCAAAAGCCAAAAAACGACGGAAAAAAAAAAGUGCUGAAAUUUUGCUUUUGUAAUCUUUAAUUAAGCAGCUUCCACCCCACUUGUUUUCUUGCCACCUUGUGUCAGCCGAUGGGCAGCUUUGAAAGGAGAAUUACAAGUCGGAGGACCAUAUGCGUUUCUUUCAGCUGAACAGUGACUAGGAGCAUCGGAGCUUACAAGUGUAAGUGCAAUAAUAGACUAAGUACAAAGAAAAAAAAAAAAUGAAACAUUUACAAAUCUCUGCAAUGCGAAAUUAGAGUGCAGCUCUUGAGGAGGAGGAGGAGGAGAGGGGGUAUGUCCCUCCUCCAAUUCAGUUUCCCCGCUGAAUUAAGCGGAGAAAAUGACGUCACGUGACCUCAACACCAAUCUUAUUCCCGGCUAAAUUUACUAGGGAAUUAAUUGGGGUUGAGGUCACGUAAAGUCAAUUUGUCCGCUAAAUUUAGCACGGUUACGCAGACAAACAUGGAAAUAAACACAUAAAAACUGCGCCCUAAAAAAAAAAAAAAAAUUUGCUAUAUUGCAGUCUUACUGGGCCAGGAAGUUGAACUAAACGAUUAUCAUGAUUUUCUUUGGAAGAAAGUCGUAUGCUGCAAGUAUUAACAGGAGGGAUUUGCCAGUUGUACUGCAAUUUUUCAAGUCUUUGUUCCCAAUAGACCGAUUUCACCAAGCUUUCAGCGCAUGCAAGACGCCGCCAUAACUUUAGUGCUCAGGAGGUAGACGGCAGUGCAUGUGAGGGCUCGUGCCGUCUUGUGCUAAACACUUGCAGAAAGACUAAAGUUCCCUCGAUGCAAUGCGGCGGCAAAGGCGUAGUCAAACUGGCUGGCGAGAUCGGCCUAAUAGAUGGCUACUGACAAUUUUUCUUGGAUGUCCGAAAUUUAAUUUUGGUACUUUAGUCCGACUUUUUUUCUUUUACUCCUUACAAGUAACUUCCAUUGCCAAAGGCUCAAUGUUUGAGGAAAGCUUCAAAUGAAAGCCUCAAAUUGGUCACUCUUUUGUCUUCUCUUCUCGAAUUAAGUUGUGUCAAGUGUGGUGCAUGUAACAAGUGCUUUCAUGGUGGCAGCUCAGUGUGACAAAAUAAUGAAAAUUGGGCACCGCCCAAGUGCAACGUGCCAUGGGAAGUGCAGAGAAUGCUGGUGGUAGUCCGUGCCAGGUAUUCUUAAGAGACCUUUAGACUACUGUAACAAAAUAUAGACUUUCGUAGAUAGAAAGCGAUAGCAUGAAUUCACUGCCUCGCUUUGAGAAAUAAAAACAGUGGUUUAGCAUGAA